AUGGGACAAAUUCAUAGUAUCUUAGCGGGAAGAGUUCAAGGAAUGUUUUCGAGUGACAUCGAGAAGAAUCCAAAUGAGCAACUCAAUGCCAUCAUGUUGAGAACUAGUAAGGAGUUUAAAGUAUCAAGAAAAGCUGAAGAAACUAAGGAAAAAGCUGAAGACAUGAAAUUGGACAGAACCAACAAUGCCUCAACACAAUGCCUAGGCACAAAACCAGAACUUGAGAACAAAGCCCAAGAUGUGAAGAAAGAUGAAGCCUCUCUCUCGUAUCCUCACAGAGUGCAGAAACAGAGAUUAGACAAGCAAUUUGGUAAGUUCACGGACAUGUUUAGAACUUUACACAUUAACAUUCCUUUUGUAGAUAUGUUAGAGCAAAUGCCAAAGUAUGCCAAGUUCUUAAAGGAGAUCAUUACACAUAAAAAGAGGUUUGAAGAACAUGAGAUGGUCAUGCUCACCGAGGAAGGUAGCGCGUUGCUUCAAAAGAAACUACCACUGAAAUUAAAAGAUCCAGCGAGUUUUAAUAUUCCUGGCACAAUUGGUAGUUUUUAUUUUGAUAAAGCUUUAUGUGAUUUAGGAGCUAGCAUUAACUUAAUGCCAUUUUCUAUUUUCAGGAAACUUGGUUUAGGAGAGGUGAAGCCAAUUCUUGAUAUGGAAGAAGACCGGAACAUACCUUUAAUAUUAGGAAGGCAUUUUCUAGCUACAAGUAGGACUUUAAUAGAUGUACACCAAGGUAAACUAAUCUUAAGGGUGGAAGACGAACAAGUGGAGUUCAAUGUUUUUAACACGAUGAAAUGUCCAUCCGAGUUAGAUACUUGCUUUGAGAUUAGCAUUCUUGAUGACAAAGUAGUGGAAACCUUAGAAGAAAACUGCCCUAGCUCACCUCUAGAAAAUUGUUUAGUCAACUCUAGGAUUAUGGAGGUUGAAUUUGAGAGGGUAGAUGAACAACAAUUGAAGCCUUAUAUGUACGGUGGAUUGAAGGAUGGAAGGGUUUGGAUUUUCCUAGAUGAUCCAGAUUGA